AUGGCAUCCCUGCUGCAAGACCAGCUGACCACUCAUCAGGACCUGCUGCUGAUGCAGGAAGGCAUGCUGAUGUACAAGGUGAAGUCCAAAACCUGGAAGAAGCUAAGAUACUUCAGACUUCAGAAUGACGGCAUGACAGUCUGGCAUGAGCGGCAGGCCAAGGGCAGGGCCAAGCCCAGCUUCUCAAUCUCUGAUGUGGAGACAGUGCGUAAGGGCCAUGAUUCUGAGUUGCUGCGCAACCUGGCAGAGGAGUUCCCGCUGGAGCAGGGCUUCACCAUUGUCUUCCAUGGCCGCCGCUCCAACCUGGACCUGGUGGCCAACAGUGUGAAGGAGGCCCAGAUCUGGAUGCAAGGGCUCCAGCUGUUGGUGGACCUCGUCACCAGCAUGGACCAACAGGAACAGCUGGACCAACCUGGAUGGCUGAGUGACUGGUUCCAGCGUGGAGACAAAAACCAGGAUGGUCGGAUGACUUUCCAAGAAGUUCAGCGGUUACUGCACUUGAUGAAUGUGGAAAUGGACCAAGAAUAUGCCUUCAAUCUUUUCCAGGCAGCAGACACAUCCCAGUCUGGGACUCUAGAGGGAGAAGAAUUUGUACAGUUCUAUAAGGCAUUGACUAAGCGUGAUGAGGUGCAGGAACUAUUUGAAAGCUUUUCAGCUGAUGGGCAGAAGCUGACCUUGCUGGAAUUUUUGGAUUUCCUCCAAGAGGAGCAGAAAGAACAAGACUGUGACCCUGAGCUUGCUCUGGAACUCAUCGACCGCUAUGAACCUUCAGACAGCGGCAAACUGCGGCAUGUGCUGAGCGUGGAUGGCUUCCUCAGCUACCUCUGCUCAAAGGAUGGAGACAUCUUCAACCCAGCCUGCCUCCCCAUCUACCAGGAUAUGACUCAACCCCUGAGCCACUACUUUAUCAACUCCUCGCACAACACCUACCUAAUGAGAGACCAGCUUUGUGGCCAGAGCAGCGUCGAGGGAUAUAUAUGGGCCCUGAAGCAGGGGUGUCGCUGCGUAGAGGUGGAUGUAUGGGAUGGACCUAGUGGGGAACCCGUCGUUUACCAUGGACACACCCUGACCUCCCGCAUCCUAUUCAAAGAUGUUGUGGCCACAGUAGCACAGUAUGCCUUCCAGACAUCAGACUACCCAGUCAUCUUGUCUCUGGAGAACCACUGCAGCUGGGAACAGCAGGAGACCAUAGCACACCAUCUGACUGAGAUCCUCGGGGAGCAGCUGCUAAGCACCACCUUGCAUGGGCUGCUGCCCACUCAGCUGCCCUCACCUGAGGAGCUUCGGAUGAAGAUCUUGGUGAAGGGAAAGAAAUUAGAUGCACUCGAGGAGGAUCUUAAGGACGAGGAAGAGGAGGAGGAGGAGCCAGAAUCUGAGCUGGAGAGACAGCUGGAGUCAGAAUCGGUGCUAGAGUCCCAGUAUGAGACAGAGCCUAAGCCUGAGCUCCAGGAGCUGAGACCUUCGAGUAAGGACAAAAAGGAGAAGUCCAAGGUCACCUUGUGUCCAGCCCUCUCUGAUCUGGUUGUCUACUUGAAGACUGUCUCAUUCCACAGCUUCGCUCAUUCAAGGGAGCACUACCACUGCUAUGAGAUGUCAUCCUUCUCUGAAACUAAGGCCAGGGGCCUGGUCAAGGAGGCUGGCAAUGAAUUUGUGCAGCACAAUGCUUGGCAAUUAAGUCGUGUGUACCCCAGUGGCCUGAGGACAGACUCUUCCAACUACAACCCCCAGGAACUGUGGAAUGCAGGCUGCCAGAUGGUGGCUAUGAAUAUGCAGACUGCAGGGCCUGAAAUGGACAUCUAUGAUGGGCUCUUCCGCCAGAACGGUGGCUGUGGCUAUGUGUUGAAGCCAGACUUCCUGUGUGAUGCUCAGAGUUCCUUCAACCCAGAGAGGCCCAUUAGCCCUUUCAAGGCCCAGACCCUCUUAAUCCAGGUGAUCAGUGGUCAGCAACUCCCCAAAGUGAACAAGACCAAAGAGGGGUCCAUUGUGGAUCCACUGGUGAAAGUGCAGAUCUUUGGUGUCCGUCCAGACACAACCCGGCAAGAGACCAACUAUGUGCAGAACAACGGAUUUAAUCCAUACUGGGGGCAGACACUAUGCUUCCGGGUCCUGGUGCCUGAACUUGCCAUGGUGCGCUUUGUGGUAAAGGAUUAUGACUGGAAAUCCCGAAAUGACUUUAUUGGUCAGUACACCCUGCCAUGGACAUGCAUGCAACAAGGUUACCGCCAUAUACACCUGCUCUCCAAGGAUGGCACCAGCCUCCACCCAGCUUCCAUCUUUGUGUACAUCUGCAUCCGGGAAGACCUGGAGGAGGAUGAAUCUUGA